CUCCUCCUUCUCCACCUCCCCUCCCUCCUGGCGUUCGGGCGGCAGCAGUAGCUGGAGCAGCUCAGCGGCAGCCGCUUCCCGGCAUGGUCUGCUAAGCCAGCCGGUCUGGCAACAGGAGUCCGAGGCAAAGAGGGCACAAGGAGGGGCUUUCAGACGUCAAAGGAAGGAAAGCAAAAGGCAGACGCUCUGGACUUCUUGGGAUUGAUUGAUUCUCCACCUGGCCGAAGACCAUCUACCCUAAGCGGCGUUCUGCCGCCCUAAGCGGCUUGGGUGCAGGGGCCGGGAAAAGGUGUUAGUGGGUGCGUGAGAUCACUUUGGGACACCGGGACUCGGACCUUCUUCGAUCCGGUGUGGCGAUGGGGCUCUACGGGGCUGCUGGAGCCGCUGUCCUGGUGCUGCUUGCCGGACAUUUCUCCCUGAACUCGGCGCUGGAGGAAAAGAAAGUUUGCCAAGGAACAAGUAAUAAGCUGACCCAGUUGGGUACUUUUGAAGACCACUUCUUGAGUCUCCAAAGGAUGUUUAAUAAUUGUGAGGUAGUACUUGGAAAUUUGGAAAUUACCUAUGUCCAGAAAGGUUAUGACCUUUCCUUCCUAAAAACCAUCCAGGAGGUUUCUGGCUAUGUGCUUAUUGCUCUCAAUACAGUAGAGAAGAUUCCUUUGGAAAAUUUGCAGAUCAUCAGAGGAAAUGUGUUAUAUGAAAACUUUUAUGCACUUUCUGUGCUCUCCAAUUAUGAUGUGAAUAAAACAGGAGUGAGGGAAUUGCCCAUGAGGAGUCUCCUCGAAAUUCUUGUUGGUGGUGUUCGGUUCAACAAUAACCCAGCUCUGUGUAAUGUGCAUACAAUCCAGUGGAAGGAUAUUGUGGACUCCAGCUUUUUCAACAAUAUCUCAAUAGACAAUAACAAUCCUCCUAAGAAUUGUGAAAAGUGUAAUUCUAGUUGUCCCAAUGGAAGCUGUUGGGGUCCUGGACCACACAAUUGCCAGACUUUGACAAAAACCAUCUGUGCACAGCAGUGCUCAGGACGCUGUCGAGGUAGUUCCCCCAGUGACUGUUGCCAUAACCAGUGUGCAGCAGGAUGUACUGGACCCCGAGAGAGUGACUGUUUGGUCUGCCGAAAAUUUCGAGAUGAAGCCACAUGCAAAGAUACCUGCCCUCCUCUGAUGCUGUAUAACCCCACCACAUAUCAGAUGGAUGUCAAUCCAGAUGGCAAAUACAGCUUUGGAGCCACCUGUGUACGCAAGUGUCCACAUAACUAUGUGGUGACAGACCAUGGUUCUUGUGUUCGCUCCUGUAAUGCUGAGACUUAUGAAGUGGAAGAAGAUGGUGUCCGAAAAUGUAAAAAGUGUGAAGGUCCAUGUAGUAAAGUUUGCAACGGAAUAGGAAUUGGUGAAUUUAAAGAUGUUCUCUCCAUCAAUGCGACAAACAUCAAACAAUUUGAGAAUUGUACCACAAUCAGCGGCGAUCUGCUUAUCUUGCCUGUUGCGUUUAAAGGUGAUUCCUUCACACAUACUCCACCUCUAGAUCCCAAAGAACUGAAUAUUCUCAGGACUGUGAAGGAAAUAUCAGGAUUUUUGCUGAUUCAGGCUUGGCCUGAAAACAUGACUGACCUUCAUGCUUUUGAACAUCUGGAAAUUAUACGGGGCCGAACAAAGCAACAUGGUCAAUUUUCUCUUGCUAUUGUUGGUUUGGACAUAACUUCCUUGGGCUUACGUUCCCUUAAGGAAAUCAGUGAUGGCGAUGUCGUCAUUUCAAGAAACAGACAACUCUGCUAUGCAAACACAAUAAACUGGACUAAACUGUUUGGAACAAAAAGUCAGAAAACCAAAAUCACCAACAACAAAGAUGAAAAAGAGUGUCAGGCUCUGGAGCAUGUUUGUCAUUCAUUGUGCUCAUCUGAUGGUUGCUGGGGUCCAAAACCAAGCCACUGCUUGUCCUGUCGCCAUGUAAGCCGUAACAAGAAAUGUGUCGCAAAAUGCAACAUUUUUGAAGGAGAACCAAGAGAAUACAUGGAAGAUCUGAAAUGUAUGCAAUGCCACCCUGAGUGUCUGCCUCAGGUCCAGAAUCAAACCUGCACAGGACCGGGUCCUGACAAAUGUAUAGAGUGUGCUCACUUUAUAGAUGGUCCACACUGUGUUAAGACUUGUCCAGCUGGAAUCAUGGGAGAAAAUGAUACCUUGGUCUGGAAAUAUGCUGAUGCAAAUAAGGUUUGCCAACGAUGCCAUCCCAAUUGUACCUAUGGGUGUGAAGGUCCAGGUCUUGAAGGAUGUCCCACAUCUGGCCCCAGGAUUCCUUCCAUUGCUAUUGGAAUUGUCGGUGGCUUUCUUUUAUUAAUGGUUUUGAGCCUUGGUAUUGGUCUCUUCAUUCGAAGGCGCCAUAUUGUCCGUAAACGUACACUACGCAGGCUGCUACAAGAAAGAGAGCUAGUUGAGCCUCUCACCCCCAGUGGAGAAGCUCCCAAUCAGGCUCUUUUACGGAUCCUCAAGGAGACAGAAUUUAAAAAGAUCAAAGUCCUUGGCUCUGGAGCUUUUGGCACAGUGUAUAAGGGACUGUGGAUUCCAGAAGGAGAGAAGGUGAAAAUUCCUGUCGCCAUUAAAGAGUUAAGAGAGGCUACUUCUCCGAAAGCCAAUAAGGAAAUUCUUGAUGAAGCCUAUGUAAUGGCCAGUGUGGACAAUCCCCAUGUGUGUCGUCUCCUGGGAAUCUGUCUGACCUCUACAGUCCAACUCAUAACACAGCUCAUGCCAUUCGGCUGCCUCCUGGACUACAUACGGGAACACAAGGACAACAUUGGCUCCCAGUAUCUUCUCAACUGGUGUGUGCAGAUAGCCAAGGGUAUGAGUUACCUAGAAGAGCGCCGCUUGGUACACCGUGACUUAGCAGCCAGAAAUGUCCUUGUGAAGACACCUCAACACGUCAAAAUUACAGAUUUUGGGCUGGCAAAAUUGCUUGGUGCUGAAGAAAAAGAAUAUCAUGCAGAAGGAGGCAAGGUGCCUAUUAAGUGGAUGGCUUUGGAAUCGAUUUUACACCGAAUUUAUACCCACCAAAGUGAUGUCUGGAGCUAUGGUGUCACAGUUUGGGAGCUAAUGACAUUUGGAUCCAAACCUUAUGAUGGAAUUCCUGCAAGUGAAAUUUCAUCUAUAUUAGAAAAGGGGGAACGCCUUCCCCAGCCACCUAUCUGCACUAUUGAUGUGUACAUGAUCAUGGUCAAAUGCUGGAUGAUAGAUGCUGAUAGUCGCCCUAAAUUUCGUGAGUUAAUUGUAGAAUUCUCUAAAAUGGCCCGAGAUCCUCAGCGCUACCUUGUUAUACAGGGAGAUGAAAGAAUGCACUUGCCAAGCCCCACAGACUCCAAAUUUUAUCGCACCCUGAUGGAAGAGGAGGACAUGGAAGAUAUCGUAGAUGCAGAUGAGUACCUCAUUCCGCAGCAAGGUUUCUUCAACAGCCCCUCCACAUCCCGCACGCCUCUUCUAAGCUCUCUGAGUGCUACCAGCAAUAAUUCUGCCACAGUUUGCAUUGAUAGAAAUGGGCAGACUUGUCCUGUGAAGGAAGAAAGCUUCAUUCAGCGAUACAGUUCUGAUCCCACCACUGUCUUAUUUGAAGACAAUGUGGAUGAUAGCUUCCAGCCUGUACCCGAAUAUAUAAACCAGUCGGCUCCCAAAAACCGCAUGGGUUCUGCCAUCCAGAACCCUGUCUAUCACAACCAGCCUUUAAACCCAGAUGCCUCUAAAGACUCUCUGUACCAAAACUCACACAACAGCAGUGCAGUGGACAACCCUGAGUAUCUCAACACAACCCAGCCUAACUUAGUCAAAAAGACCUUCGACAGCAAUUCUUGCUGGAACCCAACAGCCAACCACCCAAUCAGUCUGGACAACCCUGACUACCAGCAGGACUUCUUCCCCCAGGAAGCCAAGCCAAAUGGGGUUUAUAAAGUUCCUGCUGCGGAAAAUCCUGAGUAUCUCAGAGUAGCAGCACAACAAAGUGAAUUCAUUCAAGCUUCAGCAUGACCUUUUGCCAAAAGCCUUCCUACCCUCUCUCCACUAGCCAGGGAAUCCAGCUGCCCUAGGACUGAGUUAUGGACAACAAAGGCAGCACGCAUGCAUGCGGUGUAGCCACUUACUCACAACUUUCCUUUCAAGCCCAUGGGCCAGACUUUGCCACAUUUGGCUUUCAUUUCCUUUGGUACGUUCUGGGACCUGUCUUCCAUUGGAAUUGUCCCCCUACCUGGGCAUAUAAUGGAGUCGAUCCCAGGCAGAUUUCUGCAAGUGACAAAUUGCAGGUGCAUUCCUUCAUCUUUAAUCUGUGAGACUUCCCAAAUCAACAGCAAGAUGCCCAGGAAGUAAAUGUUUCCGUUUGUACAGAAGUUAGUUGGGUUUUUUUUCUACGCCGUACAUUUGAAAAAGUAAUAAUGUUUGUAAGUAUUUUUUUUUCUUCCAAGAUUCCAUUGGUACAUUCAUGAGAGAGAUCUUAUUGACUCUAACAUACACUUCCCUGAAGGCAUCCAGACUAGACUGAGACAAAGAAGCAUAUGAUGAAAGAAAAUGAGCUUCCAGCUCUUUACCUUAGCCAACUUAAUUCAUUCCCAUUGGCUUUGUCCUCAAUAUCAUUCUUUACAAGUCAAAGACCAAGAAAGAAUAUUUCUUGGUCUAUACAGGUUCAUGAUGGAAAAAUGAACCAAACCAGCCUAUGUCAUGCUAACAUACUAGUUACAGAAACCAAGGGGAGGAAGUCUCUCUUCCUAUACUUCGUUGUAAAUGUGCCCACGGUACUUCAAGCUGUUGUUUUUUUUUUGUUUUUUUGUUUUUUUUUAAGUGUUAUGAAUAUUCAGCUGAUUCUUUCCUUUUUCAUUCGAUCUCUUCGCAACUACACUUGUUAAAAUGUUUUCUCUCAAGGUUUCUAUUAUAUAGACCCUAAAACAAAAACAGCCAAAGCUGUUGCUCCCUUUUUACUCACCCUCAUUUGGACUAAGGACUUUUCUUUAAGAUGGGAUGAAAAUGCAGAAAUUUGCAAGCCCGAGUAAGAACUUGAGUCUCAGGUGAAUCUACAGCAAAUCUACAGGUGUAUACCUAAAUACAAAAAUGAAUAAAAACCUAAAAAUGAAUAAAAAACCCAAAGGGGGGGGCAGGAAAUGACAUUGAAAUUGUUCUCAUUUUCUAAACAUUACCUUUGUUAAUCCAUGGAAAUUAGGCCUUAACAGUUUUUAGAUUUUUUAAUGAAAGAAAAUUUAAUGAAUAAGCCACUUUAUUCAUUACCAAAACGUUUACUAUUUUCUCCCAAAUCUUUUCCUUACAAAAAAUGGGCUAGAUCCUGUGGGGGGAAAAAAACACUAUCAUAGAGUGUCUUACAACUUGCUAUGUGUAAUGUAUAUGUGGCUCUACUUUUCAUAGAAGAAAUGCAGAGGCAAUAAUUGAGAGGUUGCAAUAAAAACCCUAAAUAUUAAAUGGUGAAUUUGAA